AUGUCGCUCAGCGGACACUCGCUGUUGCCCCCCGCGCGCCAGCUGAACCGCGAGAGCACCCUCGUGCAGGAGCACAUCCGCAAGAAGCAGCAGAAGCAGGACUUCGAGCAGUCGGUCAAGGCGCACCUGCAGCACAAGCACAACCACCGGAGGCAGAAGGAUCGGCGGAUACUGGUGGUGGCGAACCGGCUGCCCACCACCCCGCACGUGGACAGCGAGGGCAACUGGCACUUCGAGAGGGCCUCCGGCGGCCUCGUCUCGUGCCUCUCGGGCCUCACCUCCCGCUCCUCGUUCGACAUGGUGUGGAUCGGGUGGCCUGGCAAAGAGAUCCCCGAGGAGCACAAGGAGAUCGUGCUCGCGGAGUCUAUUGGAGCAGAACUGCUACCCCGUGUUCCUCCCACAGGAAAUCAUCAACGAGUAUUACAACGGCUUUGCCAAUAA